GUGCCCCCCUGACCUCUCCCGCAGGAUGCCUGCCUUGCCCCGGCGGCCCAGCGCGGCCACCACCUCUGCCUUGCUCCUCCUGCUGCUCCUCCUGCCGCCGCCGCCGCUGGUCUCCUCGGCUUGGGCGCGAAGCAACUCCCGGGCGCCGGCGGGGUCGCUGCCCAACGCCGCCGCCACGACCCCCAUCGCCAUCAUGGGCUUGAUGCCGCUCAGCGACUCGGUGGAGAAGGGCAGGAUCGGUCGGGGGGUCCUACCGGCCAUGCAACUGGCCAUGGAGCAGAUCCUCAACGAGUCCUUGCUCGACCCUUACUCGCUGGACCUGCGCUACUACGACACCGAGUGUGACAAUGCAAAGGGACUUAAAGCCUUCUACGAUGCAAUAAAAUAUGGACCUACGCACCUAAUGGUUUUUGGUGGAGUAUGUACAACCGUAACAUCCAUAAUUGCUGAAUCCCUAAUAGGAUGGAAUUUGGUACAGCUUUCAUUCGCAGCAACGACACCAGAGUUAGCUGAUAAGAAAAAGUAUCCUUAUUUCUUCCGGACAGUGCCAUCCGAUAACGCUGUGAACCCUGCAAUUCUGAAGUUGCUCAAACACUACAAAUGGAAGAGGGUGGGGACUCUGACCCAAGACAUACAAAGAUUUUCUGAGGUACGGAAUGAUCUGACUGGUGUCCUGUAUGGGGAAGAUAUUGAAAUCUCAGACACAGAGAGUUUCUCUAAUGAUCCCUGCACAAGUGUCAAAAAACUCAAGGGAAAUGAUGUUCGAAUUAUCCUUGGCCAGUUCAAUGAAGAAAUGGCAGCAAAAGUAUUCUGCUGUGCAUUUAAUGAAAAGAUGUUUGGCCCUAAAUAUCAGUGGAUCAUUCCUGGGUGGUAUCAGAGCCACUGGUGGGAAAAAGCUAUUCCAAAGCUUAACUCAUCUCACUGUAUCUCCAUGAACGUUCUUGGCGCCAUGGAAGGGUACAUUGGAGUGGAUUUUGAACCUCUCAGUUCAAAACCGAUCAAAACCAUUUCAGGAAGGACACCACAGCAGUAUGAAGAGGAGUAUGAUCAAAGGCGAGGGAAUGUUGAGCCAAGUAAGUUCCAUGGCUUUGCUUAUGAUGGAAUUUGGGUAAUUGCCAAAACACUUCAGCAAGCAAUGAAGAUUCUCAAUGCCACCAACAGAAGCCAAAAAAUUGAGGACUUUAACUACACCAACAAAGAACUUGGAAAAAUUUUCCUAGAUGCAAUGAAUCAGACCAGCUUCUUCGGUGUAACGGGUCAAGUUAUGUUCAGAAAUGGAGAGAGGAUGGGGACAAUCAAAUUUACACAGUUCCAAGACAAAAAGGAAGUGAAGGUGGGAGAAUAUAAUGCUAUACUUGAUUCACUGGAAAUGAUUAACAACACCAUCAAAUUCCACGGGAAAGAACCACCUAAGGACAGAACAAUUAUCCAAAAGCAACUUCGCAAGAUCUCCCUGCCUCUGUACAGUAUUCUUUCAGCGCUCACAAUCCUGGGAAUGAUAAUGGCCAGUGCGUUUUUGUUCUUUAACAUCAAAAACCGAAAUCAGAAGUUGAUAAAGAUGUCCAGUCCCUACAUGAACAACCUCAUUAUUCUUGGAGGGAUGCUCUCCUAUGCAUCAAUAUUCCUUUUUGGCCUUGAUGGGUCUUUUGUCUCCGAAAAGACGUUUGAGACACUUUGUACCGUCCGAACAUGGAUACUGACGGUGGGCUAUACAACUGCGUUUGGUGCAAUGUUUGCAAAAACAUGGAGAGUCCAUGCAAUAUUCAAAAAUGUAAAAAUGAAGAAAAAGAUCAUUAAGGACCAAAAGCUUCUGGUAAUAGUUGGGGGAAUGCUGCUGAUAGAUCUUUGCAUCUUGAUUUGCUGGCAAGUAGUUGAUCCCUUGAGGAGGACAGUGGAAAAUUACAACAUGGAGCCUGAUCCUGCAGGUCGAGAUAUUUCUAUUCUUCCCAUUUUGGAGCACUGUGAAAACACUCACAUGACCAUUUGGCUUGGCAUUGUUUAUGCCUACAAAGGCCUACUCAUGCUAUUUGGUUGCUUUUUGGCUUGGGAGACUCGAAAUGUGAGCAUUCCUGCUCUGAACGACAGUAAAUACAUUGGCAUGAGUGUUUACAAUGUGGGCAUCAUGUGCAUUAUUGGAGCUGCUGUUUCCUUUCUCACACGGGACCAGCCCAAUGUUCAAUUCUGCAUUGUGGCACUGGUCAUUAUAUUUUGUAGUACUAUUACGCUCUGCUUAGUCUUUGUUCCUAAGCUAAUCACACUGAGAACAAAUCCAGAUGCUGCCACCCGAAACAGAGGGCUCCAGUUCACUCAGAACCAGAAGAAAGAUGACUCAAAAACGUCAACAUCAGUCACCAGUGUCAACCAGGCCAGCACAUCGAGGUUGGAAGGUCUACAGUCAGAAAACCACCAGCUGAGAAUGAAAAUAACAGAGUUGGACAAAGCUUUAGAAGAAGUCACUAUGCAGCUUCAAGACACCCCUGACAAAACAACAUAUAUUAAGCAGAACCACUAUCAAGAGCUCAAUGACAUCCUCAGUAUACGGAACUUUACAGAAAAUAAAGAUGGUGAAAAGGCUGUAUUGAAAAACCACCUUGAUCAAAAUCCGCAAGCCCAGUGGAAUACGACAGAGCCCUCCAGAACGAGCAAAGACUUUACAGAAGAUAUCAAUUCCCCAGAACACAUACAGCGUCGACUCUCCUUACAACUGCCCAUUCUCCAUCAUGCCUAUUUGCCAUCAAUAGGAGGGGUUGAUGCCAGCUGUGCUAGUCCAUGUGUCAGCCCCAGUGCCAGUCCACGGCACCGGCACGUACCGCCAUCUUUCCGUGUGAUGGUCUCUGGCCUGUAGGACCAGAGCUCUGUGAACUUGCUUUUGGUACUCAAUGGCUGGACCGAACGUCUUGUGUGAAACUCUUGCCUUCUACAUACUCCUUGCUCUUAACACAGAGGAACUAGUUUUACGAGGCCAUCGUCAAGGGAAGACCAGCUCCACUGCUGUGGGAAAGCAUGUGAAGUGGAGAGGGUCACCCGGAGGUUUGAUCUGUAGCCUUACUUGUGGACGUUUUUAUUUCUUCGUGAGGAAAGUCACCAAACCCGUGUUUCUUCCCAGAUUUCUACAGAGGCCAGGGUGGCUGGGAAACAUAGACUCAACAAAGAACAAAGACAAAAGAACCCUGCUCAAGUGUCACUAAACUUUAUACGGCUACUGAAAAAUGUGGAGCCACGUGCAAAAAGACAAGUUAAUUGCAUCAACUGAGAGUUAUAUUAACUGAAAUGGAAACACUUUUGUUUUGCAGGGAUUUCAUUCAGGUGCUGGAGGCACCAGCUAGUUGGGCUGACAUUCAUUUCUGGGACUAUGUUCAGUGGGGAGGGGGAGACACUUCGAACGGUUCUUCGGGUGUCAUUGAGACUUUCACUUAGCCCAGCUCCACUCAUCUCAAGAUACGCUUGGGAUGGAGAAUGCUUCAAGGGGGAAGCAGGUCCAGGGCCAGGAUCUCAGAAAGGCUACCAGGUAGGGUAAACAAGAUGUUAUUUGCAGCCAUUCCUUCCUCCUGAUAAGAUGCAGGGUUCCAGAGGUGGCCAUCUGCAAACAUACAGAAAACUAAGUCCAACAGCACAAGGCUGAGAAUGGCUACGGAAGUCUUAAUGUCACAGGGUGGAUUGUCCCCCUCCCCCAGAGUUUGCUUGAUUUAAACCACAACAUAAUUACAGUACAGUUAAUUUAG